CUUCACUUCAUCAUCCGCCGUUUCUCAUGUGAGAGAGAGAGAGUCCAAAAAUGGAGUUCCUGUGCACUCCGCUUCUCCUCUUCCUCUUCUUCUCAGCAAUUCUAGGAAUCAGCUUCAAAUUCCUGCACAAAGACAGGCUACCUAAGAAUCUCCCACCCUCCCCACCAGCUCUGCCCAUAAUCGGCCACCUCCAUCUGCUAAAAAAGCCUCUGUAUCGCAGCCUCGCCGACCUCUCCGCCAAACACGGGCCGACUCUCUCCCUCCGCCUCGGAUCCCGCCUCGCCCUCAUCGUCUCCUCCCCCGACCUCGUCGAGGAGUGCUUCACCAUCCAUGACAUCGCCUUCGCCAACCGCCCCCAUCUCCUCGCCGGCCGAUACAUGGGCAACAAUUAUACCACCAUCGCGUGGACCUCCUACGGCCCCCACUGGCGCAACCUCCGGCGGAUCGCCACCCUCGAAGUGCUUUCCUCUGCCCGACUCCAGGCCUUCGCCGGCCUUCGCCGUGACGAGGUCCAGUCUCUCCUGCGCCAGCUGUUCGAGGGGUCCGACCCUGCUGGGUUCGCGCAGGUGGAGCUGAGCUCGAUGGUGGCCGCCCUGGCAUUCGACACGAUCGUCCGGAUGGUCACCGGAAGACGGUGGUACGAGAAAGGAGUGGCGCGAUCGGAGGAGUCGAGGCGGUUCCUGGCCGUCAUCAAGGAGGCGAUGGCCUUGCAAGGAGCGGUGAGCAUCGGUGAUUACAUACCAGCGUUGAGAUGGCUGGACCUGCAGGGGAUAGAGAGGCAGAUGAAAGGCUGCUAUAAUAGAAGGGAGGUGCUGUUUCAGGGUUUGGUGGACGAGGAAAGGAGAAAGCGUCGUGGUGGCGAUGGCGGAGAUGGUGGAAGCGACGCCGGAGAUUCAAGGGGCAGCCUUAUCGACUUCCUUCUUUCCCUGCAGGAGACCGAGCCGGAAUACUACACCGAUCUGCUGAUCAGAGGGGUCAUGAUGGUAAUGCUGGCUGCCGGAACCGACACAACAGCGACGACACUGGACUGGGCAAUAGCUCUGUUGCUGAACAACCCGGAUGUGCUGAAGAAGGCCAGAGACGAGCUUGAUGCUCGAGUCGGCACUGACAGGCUUGUGGAAGAAUCCGACCUUGCCAACUUGACCUACCUCCACUGCAUAGUGAAGGAAACUCUCAGGCUCUACCCUGCUGGCCCGCUCUUGCUUCCUCAUGAGUUAGGGGAGGACUGUAAUAUUGGGGGUUACGACAUUCCACGCGGCACAAUACUGUUCGUGAAUGCAUGGGCCAUCCAUCGCGACCCGAAGCUGUGGCCGGAGCCGACAAGGUUCAUCCCGGAGAGGUUCAGCGGGCUGGAAGAGAGAGACGAUGGUUUCAAGAUGAUCCCCUUUGGGUUCGGCCGGAGGAAGUGCCCGGGCUCAGGGUUGGCCAUGAAGGUUGUGCAGUUUGCCCUCGCUGGGCUGAUCCAAUGCUUCGAGUGGGAGAGAGUUGGGAGAGAAGAGGUUGACAUGGCUGAGGGUGUGGGGCUGACGCUGACGAGGGCAAACCCACUGCACGUUCUGUACAGACCACGCCACUCAAUGGUCAAAGUGCUCUCUCAUCUGUAGCUUAAUAGUAAGAAUUGCCACUUCUCUGUAACAUCUCACGGUUAGCUAUUUGCCCAAGAUUAUAGGUAUGUAUGUAACUAUAAAGUACCCACAUGUGGAAACAAAAAACUACAGAACCUUUCAAGUGGAAAUUCGUUUAUUUCUGCAUCA